GUAUCAUUGUCGUAUCAGUUCUUUAUUGGCGGGAAACAAUUUACCCCCUCGAGAUAACGCGUACACCAACUACGAAAUGUAUCGGAAAAUCUGGAAAAUUUUCAUCUUAUAAAUGUGCGUUUUUAACAGCGAGUUUAUUUUAUUUUUUUGUUUGUUUUUGAAUUUUUUUAUAGUUUUUGCUUCGGUAUUCAUUUUUUGGUUUUAUUAUUUUUGAAAAUAUUUUCUCGGUUGAGUUUGCUUUUUGAAGUUAUUAUUUUUCGCGUGUAUUUUUCUUCUUGCGAGGAGUUGAACGACGAGUGUUAUACUUGCUCCGAGGCGUGUCACUGGAGGGAAGAUAUACAAUGUAGAAUCUCGAAAAGCAGAAAUUUUUCGAAGAAAUUUUAGGAACCUGCUUCAGGAAAAAGAACCCAAGUUUAGAACAUGAUAAUAUCAAUCAGUAAUCCAGAACGCCGAACAUGUUCUGUUAUCACUGCCCUCCUUCGUUACAUUCGUCAUCAACGACACGAAUACCAUCGUUAGAAUAUCCGUUUUCUUCAUCGCACCCGUAUACCAGUUAUUCGUAUCAUCCUGCAAUCCACGAUGAUUCGUUUGUACGACGUAAACAGCGAAGGAAUCGGACUACUUUUACCUUACAACAGCUCGAAGAGCUCGAAACCGCCUUCGCCCAAACCCAUUACCCGGAUGUAUUUACAAGGGAAGAUCUCGCAAUGAAAAUAAAUCUUACCGAAGCUCGAGUUCAGGUUUGGUUUCAAAAUCGACGCGCCAAAUGGAGAAAAGCCGAAAGGCUCAAAGAAGAGCAGCGUAAACGCGAAGAACAAGAUAGAGAUUGUAAAAUUACCGACGACGAAAACCAUAAACAAUCUCCUAUAACGAAACAGGAUCAAGAUGAAACCGAUAUCUGCACAAGUAGCGAUGAAGAUCCUCGACUACACGUCUCAGUCUCCGAACGCAGCGGCAGCCCCACAAGUUGCGGAGCAGUCAGUGAUACAGAACCUGAGACAGAACGAACGAACGCUUAUACUUCCACCAGAGAACCAAUAACACCGACGGUACGACGCGACAGUGUCACCUCUACAUCUCCUGUAUCGGUGGAAAAAGGUACAACAGAAUCAUCCAGACAACCUCCAAUAAUCACAUCUAGCGCGUCUUCGUUCGGACACCCGUUAUUUCACGGUUUCGGAAUGGACGGGAGCAGUUUUCGACCUGUAUCGGAAGCCAAUUCUUCACCUUUGCGAUCAAAUCCGCCGUUAUUUUUCCCACCUCAUUUAUCGUCGUCCUUUGCUCCGCCGCUGUUUCCAGGACUCAAAGGUUUCCCUGGCCUUUGUUCAUGCUGUCCUGUCAAACCUCUCUCUGGCAGCAGUAUAUUCUCAACAGGCGUUGAAAACGGUACUAAUUCCGAACAACGUACUUCGAGCGUCGCUGAACUUCGUCGUAAAGCUCAAGAGCACUCGGCAGCUUUGCUCCAAAGUCUCCAUCAGGUGGCCAGUUUCCAGCAACAAGCUGCCGCCGCUGCAGCUGCCCUCCAGUUACCAGUCAGCAGCGUGGGAUUGGGUCUACAACUGCCUUCGUUAACUACACUACAGGCUUUGGCCAGAAAAUCCGAAACUACAUUGAGCAGUUCUGGUAUCACGCAGCCUAUGCCAUUGACGCUGACUCCUCCGUCGGCUAAUACCGCAACUCAAUCUUCUAGUCACGAAUCGUAAACUUAUUCAUAGUCACAUUAUUGCAACUCUUUUCUGCCCUGUUUUCCAGGCCCUCUAUAUUCUUCAAUUGUACUGUGUAUCUUGUUUGAUUAUUUGACGAAUAUUUUACGUUCUUUAAUGAUGAAUAAUUAGUUAUUUUAAUUGUAGGAUUAAUUCACUUAUUUUGUAAAUUAUGAUAUUCGAUAGUAGAAAAUAAAAAAAUUCAAAUUUUCAA